AUGAAUAUUUCUAAAGUUUUUAUAGUAUUCUUUUUAUUGAUUGGUACUUACUUCACUGCGACCUUGGCAAUUGAUUGUCGUUUGGUAAGAUGUGCGGGUGCAAACAAAGAGAUUUGUUUAAAGAGUGGUGGAAAGUUCCACUUGCGUGAUGGUAUCAACUACUGUUGUGAUUCUUGCACCGUCAUCAACAAAUGUACAUUCAUCAAUACAUGCAACCCUGUCAAUAAACGUGAAUGUAUAUCAACUGGUGGCAAGUUUGUUCCUGCCAACUACACAAAUGGUGACUGCUGUGAUUCUUGUACGAGAAUGUGUGAAUUGGUCGACUGUGCCAAUGCAAAUAAAGAAGAAUGUGUAUCGCGUGGAGAUAUCUGGCAUGAAAGAGAUGUCAAGAAAGGAAAUUGUUGUGAUUGGUGUGAAACCACUUGUGCUGCUGUUCAAUGCUUAUUUGUAGAUCAAAAGAAAUGUGAAGCAAAUCAUGGAAAAUAUAUUCCUGCUGAUAUAAAGGCUGGUCGUUGUUGUGCACAAUGUAAAGGUUGUGAGAAUAUUGAAUGCUCCCCACCUUUGUGCCCUGCUGGUUCCAAAAUGAUUCCAGCCGAUCCCAAAAAUGGCAAGUGCUGUCCAUCAUGUCAAUAA